UAUAUAUAUAUAUAGCUUGCCCUGUCGAUAUUAAAAUAAAUCCAAGCAUUAUGUCUGUAAACAGAUAUAUCUGUUUCCUUGCAUUAUGAUUUUGAGUUUUUCUCUCCUAGUUCACUGGAGGAGUCUCCUUUAACAGCUGAGGUCAGCCAUUUGUUUAGAAUAAAGCCAAACCUAAACUUAGUUCAAAGAAGUUAUAAUAGCAUUGUCAAUAUACACACACACACACACACACACACACGCACAUACACGUACACACGUCUUGGAGAGACGUUAAGCACACACCCACAACAGUUAUCAUUCCAACUUAAACUUGGGUAGAACAACAGUCGUCUUUUCUCUGCAAUAUAAUACGUGAUAAAUUUCAGGACAAGAUCAAAAUAUUUAAUGCACUUGCACCAAGCUUACUCGAUUCAUAAUUUGUAUUUAUAAAGGUAGAACGCAAUGUCCUCUGUAAGAAUGCAAUCCAGUCUGAAUUUACCCUUCAGACCCUUCAGGCAGUCUCUUCUCUAUUCCUGCCACCCUCUACGCCUCCAUUUCACAAAGAGAACGUACAUGAAUGCAAACCACUCUGAAUAAUAAAAGUCGACAACAAUGACUUCCUCACUGUGCUGCAAGUGUGUCAUUUCACAAGAGCCGCUAUCCUGAUCUCAAUUGUUGCCCUUUCUGCCUCAAAAUAAAGAAAAUUCCUCUCCUUGUGGAGGAAAAUUACUAUUCAGUUGGCCACCACACGCAGGUGCAGAAAUUAUAAGGAAAGUGUGGCUAUAGAGAAAGGGCACGUCACAUGGAGACUCAACAAAAGCCCUGUUUAUGGUGCUCAAAUGAUGCUUUGUCACCAAGCAGCUUUGAAGUGAUUUGUUUUUCGGAGGGAGGAUGCCCUUUCCCACCCCAUGGAAAUUAGCCCUUUGGCUCAACUUGCUGCAUUCCCUGACGCUUGAUAAGGCGACACGCUUGGCAGGCAUCUACCUGUUAGGAUGUAAGAAUUACAGGUGAAUAGCAAACCGACCCACCUGUUUUGCCAUGGGUGACCAACACUAUUUACCUGUUUUAUUCAUGCGUGUCAUAUGUAGGUCCAGAGUGUGAAUAUUAGGGGUUUUAACCCUGAAGCAAGCUUUUAACCUGAAUUUGUUAUGGUUGUGAAAAAGGGAAAGGGCUUGUGGGUGUAGCCUAUCCAGGCAAAAAAUUAGUGGCAUUUUAGAACAUCCACUUGGUGACAUUUACAUUUGUAAUCCAGAGACAUUUCAGGAUGGACCCACUUAGAUGCCUGCCAUGGAGCAGAACUAUGAAGAGAGAUCCAAUUCACCACAUUUAAAGUAUAGAGUACCGUAAUAAUAUCCUACUCCUGGAACAGGUUUACCUACCCUUCUUGUGUCAAUGGCAAUCUGUACCGAACAUGUCUGUGUUUGUAGGAAAGAAAAACUUUGGAACAAGUCUUGGCAUCAGGAUAUGAACCAGGUGAACAAAUUCCACACCAGAAGACAGGAGGUGAAAUGAAAGCAGUCAGCUCCAAACCUGAAGCUGUCGCAUUCUGGGUCCCAACCCGGCUGAUCUCCUUCAGGCUUUGCCUGUGUCUGCGGGCAGAAGAAACAUGCAUACAUUAUGCUAACGUGGGAUUAGUACGGUUACGGCUACACUAAACUCACAUCGCCUGAAGCUGAAAAUAAAGAGAGAAGCUGUCACCCUAAAUAGAUUUCCCUCUCACACUGCUCUUUAUGACUACACCAACAUGAUUCCUUAUUCCUUGUAAGCUACUCUUAUGGACAAGGACAGUCAUGUUUUUGGAUAACAGCGCAGACUGGAUGGAAAUUCCAGUGGGACAAAAGGAUAAUUUAGUAACAGUGUAUAGUUGCCAUAUAAUGUUCGUUCAAUGAGCCUGGUGCCAUGAGGGUUGAAGGCUUUGCCAUGAUGGCACGCCAGACCAACCAAUCAAGGUUCAUGUCCUCAGUCAUCUCUGCUAUGACAUUACCUCCUUUUGGUUCUGAAAUGUUGUCCCCCGAAGUAGAAGUGGUUCUGGGAUAUGUAGUUCACAACGAGUCCGUGGAGUGCAACAGGACGGCGGAUGCGAACAAGACGUCGGGGUCAGGGUGUGUGGUCUCGACUGCGACUCAAACACCGAAGAACUGGGCGGCGCUCCUGAUCCUGGCAGCCAUCAUCAUCACCGUCAUGGGCAAUAUCCUGGUCAUCAUGGCUGUCACGCUGGAGAGGAAACUUCAGAACGCCACCAACUACUUCCUGAUGUCACUGGCCGCCGCAGACCUGCUGCUUGGCCUCCUGGUCAUGCCCAUCGCCAUGGUCAACAUCCUGUAUGAUUACAGCUGGCCCCUCCCCUCAACUCUCUGUCCAAUCUGGAUCUUCCUGGACGUCCUGCUGUCCACGGCAUCCAUCAUGCACCUGUGCGCUAUAUCUCUGGACCGCUACAUCGGCAUCCGAAACCCCAUCCACCACAGCCGCUCCAACUCCAGAACCAAAGCCCGCAUCAAGAUUGGCGCUGCCUGGACAGUCUCUGUGGUCAUCUCCUUACCCGUCCCAGUGCUGGGCCUUCAGAACCACUCCAAGUUCUUCCAGGGCCGAAGCUGCCAGAUGACUGACGACAGUUUCGUCCUGAUUGGCUCCUUCGUGGCGUUCUUCAUCCCCCUCAUCAUCAUGCUGGUGACAUACUUCCUCACCAUCAGCACGCUGCAGAGCGAGGCUACGGUCUGCCUGGACCAACUGGUGCCCCGGCCCAUGUGGGCGUCGGCCCUGGGCCUCAUCCCGCGCGGCUCCGUCUCCUCCGAGCGCCUGUUCCUCCAGCGCUCGCUCAGCCGGGAUGGCGGGGAUGCCACAGCGGUGACGGCCGUGGGGGUCCCGUUCGGCCGCCGCACCAUGCAGUCCAUCAGCAAUGAGCAAAAGGCCUCCAAGGUCCUGGGCGUGGUCUUCUUUCUGUUCGUGAUCAUGUGGUGCCCGUUCUUCGUGACCAACGUGCUGGCUGUGGUGUGCGACGCUGCCGUGUGCCCUCCUGACCUCAUGGGGGCACUGCUGAAUGUCUUCGUGUGGGUGGGCUAUAUGUCAUCGGCUGUCAACCCCUUGGUCUACACGCUCUUCAACAAGACGUACCGUGCCGCUUUCGCACGCUACGUGCGCUGCCGAUGUAGGGAGCAGAGAAGGCCCCUGCAGUUCAUCCUGGUCAACACCAUCCCACCGCUUGCCUACAGCUCCUCACAGAUGCACUUGAGGGCCGAUGGAACACUCAGGAGGGACACAGAACCCAGUGGUUUGGGGGGGUCUAUAGGAAUGAAUGCACUGCAGUCCUCCAAAUGCUCUGGGUAUGAACCUGAUGAGAUUAGCCGUGUUUAGAACUUGGAUGUUGGCACCAAUGGAUGUUGAGUUUCCUCUUCAACAGGGGACAUAGACUGAAACUUGAAAGAUAUUCUGAUGAUCAAAAAAUUUUUGGAAAAUUAACGUUCUAAAGAAUAUCAUUGAAUAUCAUGUUCAUUGAAUUGACCUGUCGCUAAGCCCCGCCCCCCAUUGUUACCGUGUGAAAACUCGGACAAACAAA